AUGGAGACGCCGCUGUCCACCAGGCGGAUCACCCGCUCGCUCGCCGCCGCAUCCGCCCUUCUUGGAUUCGAUUCUCCCCCUGCAGAGAAGAGCGCCGCCGCCGCCGCGGAUGUGACCUGCAGCAGAUCCAAGAAGGCCGUCCCCAAGGGAGGGGACGGUCCGCGCGCCGCGCUGCACGACAUCACCAACGACUCCCCCAUCGUCGGCCUCGCCGCGGGCGGACUCGUCCACGCCGCCGACAGGACGCCACAGGCCUCCACCGCUGGCGCCAAGAACCGCCCCAGGCCCCGCUGCACGCCCGGCUCUGGCGAGGCGCUGCUGCGCGGCCAGGUCAAGACGCUCCUGCAGAAGGUCGACGAGGAGGGCGCUGCCGCCGCCGUCAUCAGGCCGGUCCGCAUCCACGCGCUGCUCGGCGUCACCAGGUCGCCGGCGCAACUCCUCGCCCCCACGCCGUUCAACACGCCCCAGCUCUGGGCCGAGUCCGCCGGUCGUGGGGAGUCCGCGCAGCCUGAUGGCCGGACCGUGCUGCCCUGCGUCCUGGAGCAGGAAGAACUGAUUCCUAAGCUGCAGGCCAUUGCUGAUCCCCCGCCCAACCGUGCGCUGGUGUUCGACGACUCCCCAGGGAAAUCGGACCAGUCCACCGAUGGAUCGUCCCUGACAUUCCACGUGAGCAGCAGCGACAGAUCAGCUGACGACGACAGCUCGUCGGUUUGGUCUAUCCAGGUCAAUGUCAGCUCCGAGGAGAAGGAAGAGGAGGAGAUCGGUGUUGACACCGUGGGAGAGCCUGAAGAAGAGUACAAUACCGAGGAAGAGCCGGAAGGAGAGUACUACACCGAGGAGGAGGACUGGGAAGACGAUGAUGAUGAUAGCGAGUGCUUUGAUGAUCUGUGCGAGGGGAUGAGCAAGAUGUCGGUGUUCGAGGCGGAGGAGAAGAAGAAGGUCGGGCUGCCGGCGUUCGAGGGCAGGCACACUCGGUUCGUCUACAACAGCGACGACGAGAUCGUGGAGAGGAAGGAGGUGGAGAACGCGGCGGCAGAGCACGGCGCGCUGCUGAGGGGCCUGCCGGUGCCGGAGGGGAAGCAUCUCCGGUUCCACGACGACGAUGACGAGGAGGAGUAA